UUUGCCCUUUCCGCAAAUCCAAUAAAUUGUGCCUGCUGAACUCGGACGUUUUUUUUUCCGUGUGCGGGUGCGCUUAGCGCUCCGACCGCCCAAGCGGAACCGCUUCCCGCGUGUCCGCGUGUCCCUCCGCGGACGGAACGAGGCGCGUGAUCCUGUCCCCCUGGCUGGUUUCAGAUCCCCGGGGUCACGAUGUCACUGCACUCCACCAUGACGAUGAGCGAGAGGAAGCUGCAGGCAGCGGCCAUUUGCAGAGAGGUCCUGGGAGCCAGGGAGAUGGACCUGGGGCGGAAGAUGAACACCCCCAAGGACAUCAUGCUGGAGGAGCUCUCCCUGUGCUCCAACAGGGGCUCCCGGCUCUUCAGAAAGCGCCAGAUCCGCUCCGAGAAGUACACCUUCGAGAAGGCCAACAACGAGGCCAACGAACAGACGAACAAUGGCGCCGUUCCCAGUGCUGAGGCGACAGCGGAGAAUGGUGACUGUCCGGAUGGGGAUCAGCAACCAGGAACGCCCCCGAACACGCCCGACGCAAAGACGCUGGACCCGGAGAGCCUCGCCCCAGGUUACGGAGGCCCCUUGCAGGACGUUCCCCCGGAGAAGUUUAACAGCACCGCCGUUCCCCGGUCGUACCACUCCCCGUGGGACCAGGCCCUCGUUAACGACCCCUCCCUGGCCGAGGUGCUGAGUCCCAAAACGCCCAGCCCCGAGCCCAAGCCAGAGGUCCCAGAGUACAAGAGCUUCAACAGGGUCGCCACUCCGUUCGGCGCGUACGAGCCCCCUCAACUGAGCGUGCUCAAGACCCUGGAGCUGGACCCGCCCCCCUCCGACUCCCCCGCCCCCGCGGAGGCCCAGGAGACCACGGCGACGAGGCCCACCUUCAACAGGACGGCCCUAGGCUGGGUGGGCGACGGCGCCCCCCUCGUCCUGCCGGUCAUAGACCUGGAGGGCGUGGCGCUCCCCGAGUCGGAUGACCUUUGACCUUCUGUUUGGGGCGCGGGGCGAGGCCUCGGGGGGGACGGGCGGAGCGCGCGGAACACGG